GGUCAGAGGACAACUUGUGGGAGUGGUUUCUGUCCUACCAUGCCAAAUUGAGGUUGGCAACCUUGGUAACAGCUUCCCUUGCCUAAUAAGCCAUCUUGCUGACUCCUACGUGGUAAUGGUUGUUGUCAUUUCUGUCCCAUUCUUACUUCAAAGGUGUCAGAGGUGUCAGGACAGUGAUCACUCGAAGCUCCCUAGGAGUUUGUAGUCGAGCCCUAAGGAAAGUGGGAAAGUCUGUAUAGUAGUCCGUUCCUGGGAGCUCUGGUGGAACACCAGCCACCAGCAGUCUGAAGCUGCAGGAGCAAGUGUCUGGGGCCACGUGCCCACGCACACGCCCUGUCUGUGGUAUGUGUGGACAGCCUCGGAGGUAUUGACAUGCUGACGUUACUGCUCACCAGCUGCCGAAUGCCACCACAUCCCUUCUGUCUGGUGUAUGAGCACUUAGUGCAUAAAUUUGGUUCCCACAUAUCGGCAUUGGAGGCACGGAGAUGCUGUAUCGCUAAGAGAUGUCCCAAGAAUGGAUGGUUGUGUCAUGUUGCUAUUGGUUAUAGCUUAUUUUCCUUAUUAGAUUAUUUUUAUGAUUAUGGAAAGUUUAAAAAGCACAGGAGUAGAAACACAGUGGGCCAUUAGGUUAAUAUCACUUACCUAUCUCAAUGUUUUACUCAUCUUUUCACGUAUGGACUCUACUCUGGAAUGGCAAACAUACUUGAAAAACAAAUUGCAGACAUUUAAGGUCUGGAAAAAGACUGAACUAAAUAAGGGCGGUGCUUCCCUUUCUGGCCGGCGCGGUCUAAGCCUGUGCUUAAAAGUGCCAGGUGCUCAGAGCACAGCUGUUACCUUGAGGGAAAAGAAAAUAAAACUCUAGGGCAGAUUUCUAGAAAGGAAAGGUGGGUGAGGACUGCCCUACUGCCCUAAAAUAAUGCCUUAAUGUUGUCUGAAUUGGCUUUCUGCAGAUCUCUCCCCCCCCCAUCAUUUUCCAUAUAAAAGUCUUGAUUAAAUACAAGAAUGGCUCAGGAAGAGGGAGGGUCUCACAGUUAAAGAAUACUACAAAGAAGUCUGAUGAUGCCUUCCUGAGCACCACCCGGGAGUUACCUGCCCCAGGGAUAAUUUUCUUUUGAAAUGUCAUCAUGUUUCUAAUCAUAAAAGUAUUAUAUACUCAUGGGAAGAAAAGUGGAAAUUGUUAACUUGAGUGUGUACUUCAGCAGGGGUAUGAUUGUGAUUAUCUCGGUUAAUAUUCUGAUACCACAUGAAUCAUGGUGAUAGAGAGCAAAUACUUGUAGCUCUGGAAAUACGGCAGGUGUUUGGGCGUGUCUUCUCAUUAAAUUCUUACGAUGUCAUUAUGAAGUGAGCAUGUUCCGUCCUCCCACGUUUUCCAUGAGCUGGGGAAACGUGGAGAGAGCUUGUCCCCAAGCCUCCGGUCACUUAGCUGAGGAUGGGGUAGGGGAAAUCUCUCUUGAAUACAGAGAGGUGUUCUAAUGCUUUACCUCUCUUGUUUUUCACCACAGAAACGAGGACUUUUGCCUUUGGACUUUCUUCUGUACCAUCAGUUUUAUGGAGGACUCUUAGGCUUAUGAGGGUGGUCUCGGAACUAGACCUGCUGGGCCGUGGCAGACAUCAACUCCUAGGUUGUGGUCACGUUCUCAGUCGGACCGGAAAAGUAUAAUUUGGAACUUCUUCACUCCAGCUGAAGCAGAGAUACGCAUUACCCACAAAAUAAGAGCCAUGGGCUGCAACCCGCCAUGCCUCCUCCCCUACAGACUACGACUGUUGUUGUUCUUUACCCUGUGCCUGACUGUGGUUGGUUGGGCCACCAGCAACUACUUCGUGGGUCCCAUUCAAGUGAUCCCCAAGGCAAAGGACUUCAUGGCUAAUUUCCACAAGGUCAUUCCUUUGGGGAAGAAAGAAACUCUGGCCCAUGAUGCAAUCAUAGAGAAAGCAGAACUUGACAACUGCCCUUCUGUGUCUCCAAACCUUAGAGGCCAGAGCAAGCUCAUUUUUAAACCAGACCUCACUUUGGAGGAAGUGCAGGCAGAAAACCCCAGAGUGUCCAGAGGCCGGUGUCAUCCCGAGGGAUGUAGGGCCCUGCAGCGGGUGGCCAUCCUCAUUCCCCACCGGAACAGAGAGAAGCACCUGAUAUACCUGCUGGAGCACCUGCACCCCUUCCUGCAGAGGCAGCAGCUGGACUACGGCAUCUACAUCAUCCACCAGACUGGAAGUAAGAAGUUUAAUCGAGCCAAGCUCCUGAAUGUGGGCUAUCUGGAGGCUCUCAAGGAGGAAAACUGGGACUGCUUCAUAUUCCACGACGUGGAUUUGGUGCCUGAGAACGACUUCAACCUUUACAUGUGUGGCGACCAGCCCAAGCACCUGGUGGUUGGCAGGAACAGCACUGGCUACAGGUUACGCUACAGUAAAUAUUUUGGGGGUGUUACUGCCCUCAGCAGAGAACAAUUUUUCAAGGUGAAUGGAUUCUCUAACAACUACUGGGGAUGGGGAGGCGAAGACGAUGACCUCAGACUCAGGGUUGAGCUCCACAAAAUGAAAAUCUCCCGGCCUGAUCCCGAUGUGGGUAAAUACACUAUGAUCUUCCACACCAGAGACAAAGGCAACGAGGUGAAUGUGGACCGGAUGAAGCUGUUAAACCAGAUGUCACGAGUCUGGAAAACAGAUGGCUUAUCAAGUUGUUCUUACAGAUUACUCUCUGUGGAACACAAUCCUUUAUAUAUCAACAUCACAGUGGAUUUCUGGACUGGUGUGUGACCUGGCUCUUUGGAUGGGGUUCGGGAGAACUGACGACUUGUAAUAACUUUGGCCUAGAGACUUCCCUAGUCGCACACACUAAGGACUCGCUCCAGCUAAUUAUUAGGCCAGAUUUUUCCAUUUUGUGUUUUCUCGGCAGCGCUCUUGGUCAUGUGGAAUGUAGAGCCGUCAUACAAGACAGCUUUCUUAGUUGUUCUGAUCCCGACAGUGAAAUGUAACGCACAUACUUGACGGACUAAAGAUAAAAGGAUGCAAUGGGAGCCGUGUCCUUGACAGAUCGACUCCAGCAAGGCAUAAGGAGAUUAAGGAGUGGGGAACAAAAUCCCCGUGUGUUCUAGAGAGCCAGAACUGCAAGGCCCAAGAUAGAAAGGUACUAAGAUGUGUUUCUGUCACGCGUGUGCCCUAUGUGGCCAUCUGAGAAGCGGUGGAUUCCGGAUGAGAAGAAGGCCAUAGAAGAGCGGAGCAAAGUCAAGAAUCAGAUGCCAUGAACUUGGCAAUGAAGAGGUGGCGAAGGGGAGUGUGGCGUGAACUGGCAGCAGUGACUGCUGCCCCCAGUCCUCCGUGGUGUUUACUUCCUCAUCGGAAACACCUUCCAGUCUGUGGCCACCCGACCUUGAAUGUACCAGUCUCUUCAGAGGCACUUGCCAGCAAGAGCCCACCAGAGAACACUCUCUCCUAGUUUUUAAAGCAUUUUUUUAUAAGAUGAUUUUGUACAUGUAGGAUAUGAAUGAGCAGUUUAUAAGCUACAUCAUGACUGAUAAUACAUCUCUAGAGUACCUCUGUAGUAAAACAUGAAAAUGCUUC